GAGAUGGCAAAAAAGCGCUAGUUUACAUAAUUCGAAAACUCCUUUCCCCCGCCUCCUCCUCCUUGCUUUGGUAAAAAAGUCACGCCAAAAGCUCUGAGAGAAAGAGAUCUACAAUCUCCAGAUGGAGAAAAUGCCAUGGAUUGUGUCGUCUCAAGAUGUGGAUGCUCUCGCUCUCCAAUCGUAUAGCCGCAAGGAGAAAUCUCUAGGCGUUCUCGUCUCCAAUUUCGUGAGGAUAUAUAAUCGAGACGAUGUUGAUUUGUUUGGCAUCGAUGAGGCCGCUGCCAAAUUAGGAGUUGAACGACGGCGUAUAUAUGAUGUAGUCAAUAUACUGGAGAGCAUUGAGGUUGUGUCUAGAAAAGGCAAGAAUCUUUACUCUUGGAAUGGUUUUCUCCACAUUCCUCGCUCUCUUCAUCAUCUCAAGGAAGAAGGUUUGAGAGAGGGUUUUGGUACCUCAAGCAUCUGCAUCAACUCCCAGAAGGUUUCACUUGAUGAUGAAAGUGAAGAGUCCUUCAGUUUAACGCCUGAUGAUCAAGACAACUCAUCACUCUCUAAAUUGGACCACAAGAAGGAGAGUUCUCUCUGGUUACUCUCCCAAAACUUUGUUAAGAUGUUUCUUUGCUCUCAUGAUGAUCUCAUCACACUGGAUAGUGCUGCAAAAGCCUUGCUGAGCGACUCUCAAGAUCCAAUGCAUAUGAGAACUAAAGUUAGGCGGCUUUACGACAUUGCAAAUGUGUUAUCAUCCAUGGAGUUAAUCGAGAAGACUCAUAUACCAGGGACUAGGAAACCAGCAUACAAGUGGUUGGGGUCCAAAAGCUUAACCGAAAAAGGAUCAAGCUUGUUUAACUCCACCACUGAAUCCAAGAAGCGGGUCUUUGGAACAGAGAUCACCAACUUUAGUACAAAGAGAAACAAAACAGAUUGUUCAUCAAACUACGUACAGAACGGAUAUAAUAAACAUGUCGAGGAGGAAAAGAAACCAGCUGCAAAGAGCUAUGUGUUUGGACCAUUCUCGCCAACAGGUGCAUCUAAGAAGAAUAACAACAAUGCUGGAACCAAUAAUAGCGGAAGGUUGCAAGAUCUCGAGGCCCUUUCUUCUACCUACAAACCUCAGUAUUGCAAUCAAGAUGUAACUGGUCUUCUUGGGCAUUACACGGAGGCAUGGAACAAAUGGUUUGCAGAGCUUGAUCGCAAAUAAAACAUUACUCUGCGCCCCCAAAGGUAGAUCGUUUUCACCGGGUUGGGUACAUGAUGAGAGCACAUAAACUCACAGAACAUCAUAGUUUUCUAGUCUUCCUUUAAUCAAGAAUCAACGUAUUGUUGUUAUUUGUUAAUAAAAGUCACACCCCAACAAAAAAAAACCAUGUAAUUUUUUUGCCCCAGUGACUUUGUCUAGUGGACUAGCUCCUUCCGUCCAUCUAGAUUCGAAUUCGUACUCUCCUGAACUUACUAUAAAUGUUUAUUCUUAUAUUUGGUUUGGCAUCAUUAGAUUUUUUUCAGGUUCUACAAAGCAUUUAUUUAUGUUUUUCUUUGACUUUGCACCUUCUGUCACAAGUAAACUAUGCAAAAAGGAUCGUCUAAUGAUAGCACAUUUGACUGUGAAUCUCUUAAUACUCAAAUGUUUCAUAGGUCAAAACUUUCAUGACUCAUACAGAUGUUUCGAUGCUUUAGAUUGCUCGGAGAUUGAUCUAAGCUCAAGCUUCAAGAUGCCCCCCAUUAAGAAAACAAAUAUUUGUUCAAUUUAUAGUUUCUUCGAAGCUGAAGAUAAUGUCUCCACAUUAAUAUUGUUUCUGUUUUAUUAAAACGCGAGUGUACUAACAUACAAAAGUGAACCUCGAAUUUCCUAGACGAUUAACAGUAGUAUAUAGUAGGCAUUAUUAACUUAUGAGAAAUAUAUGAAUUGUAUUAUUGAUACGAUGAGAGUUACAUAGCUUUAUAUAGUAUAGCUAUAUAUGAAUCAAAUAAUAAAUGAGAGGAUCAUACAAUUACUAAGGAUAAUAUAUGAUGGAGUGGUUAUUGUGAUUGAGUAAAUCAUGAGUUAUGACUGAUACUCUUUCUUUGAUAGGCAUUAUAUAAGAAUGAUUUUUUUUUCUUUUGAAGAAUGCUUUUCUUUUGAAUAAAAAUGGAGAAUAUUUUUUUUUUGAAACAUGAUAUCUACAUAGAAUGAUUUCUACAUAGAAUGAUUUUUUUUAAUUUCAUUUCUACUUAGAAUGAUAUCUACAUAGAAUGAUAUUCAUUUCUACUUUCUUCCUACUCUAUGAUAUCUACGUAGAAUGAUUUUUUUUUGAAACAUAAUAUGAUAUCUACUUUAUUCAUUUCUUAAGUUGGUUGAAUUUUAUUUCUUCAAAGAUGGGAUAAUAUAUUAUAAUAUUUGGUCAAACAAAAGUAUUUCAAACUUUCCAAAACGGUUAAACUUUCUUCACCACACAACACUCUAAUACAAAUUAUUUUUCCUAUUUAUUCACCGUAACGAAGAUCUAAACUCCACACACAAUCCAACCCUUUCAAACAAUUUUUUGUUUUUGUUUUCUGAAGAAUCUUUUUUUUUUUUAAUGAUGAAACUAAAGCAAACCAACGUAAUGUUUAUUGUGUUAGCCCUAGUCUCGGCAUUGGUUUUCCUACAAUCAGAAGCUGGUAAUUAUUGUCCGCUGGAAAAUAUAAAUAGCAUACCAGGAUGUUUCGAUGCGUUGAAAUUAGCAACAGGCAAAGAUAUCAGUAAGCUAACAAGAGCUUGUUGCAGAGCAGUCUUUUCAGUAAGCUCUGAUACUUGCUACUUGCUUCUCUUUCCUGGCAAAGCUUACCCUAUUAAGAUAUUCAGAGACAUUUGUCUUAAUGUUAAUUAUGUUUCUGCUGCUUCACCUUUUUAAUGUUUUAUGUAUCUAUUAAUGAUAAUAAUAUAAUUAAAAUGAAUCGAACUUUCCUUUUCUA